GCCUAGGGCGUAACCAGUGGUGCAACAACAGAACAAGCCACCAGAGUGUGUUUGGGUCGUCACAACUGCACAUCACAGAAAACAGAGAGGGGCCGUCUGCGACAGGAGCAACAACGACCACAGAAAGAUAAAAAUAUUCACGAAAAGCAGAAGUGAAACCAGAAGUGAGGAUGAAUCUACUCGUGAUCCUCUCCAUCCUUUUGGUGCUUGUCAUCCACGUGGCCAAUUCAAGAUGUUUCAAUAAAAACAAAAGGGAUGACUCGUGUCGAUCUGGAGAUGGGAGCAGCUACAGAGGGUCUCUUUCAAAGUCUGUAAAUGGACGCAAGUGUCUCAGAUGGACCUCCGUUACACACCAGUGGGGUCUUUCAAAGGGAAUUGGCAACCAUCAUUACUGCAGGAAUCCUGACCAGAACUUGAUGCCUUGGUGUUACGUUCUAAAAAGAGGGAUUGUAAAGAGAGAAUAUUGUGACGUUCCAAGAUGUUGUAAACCAACUACAAAGCCGCUGCCGACGAGUUCUCCUCCUUCAGCAGACACAGAGCGGACUUGUGGCGAACGGUCUGAGAGACGGAAUAAAAUUGUCGGCGGCUCGUUCACUCGCGUGGAGUCUCACCCUUGGGUCGCCGCAAUCUAUCUGAAGGGAACUUUCCUUUGUGGUGGCUCCCUUAUCUCACCCGGCUGGGUCCUCACCGCUGCACAUUGCUUUGUUGGCGGAGACAGAAUCAAACGCCAACAUCUGUCCGUGUUCCUGGGAAAGACAGCCAUCAACGAGACAGACGCAAAAAGGGAACAGAACUUCACCGUGGAAAAACUCAUCAACCAUGAAGCAUACAACGAGUCCAGCUACAACAAUGACAUUGCGCUGCUGAAGAUCAGAAAUGUAAAUGGAGGAUAUGCAGCGAAGACGCCUUCUGUGAGGACGGUUUGCCUUCCUCCUCUUCACACUCACCUUCCUGCUGGAUUCACGUGCAGCAUUGCAGGAUUUGGGAAGCAAACAUUUAAUUCGUGGGAGUACUCGCAGCUUCUGAAGCAGGCUGAAGUGAAUUUGCUCUCCAAGGCCGAGUGCAAACGGGAAGCGCCUUACAAAGAUUACGUCUCUGAGAACAUGUUCUGCGCUGCAAGCCCCGACUGGACCACAGAUGCCUGCAAAGGUGACUCCGGGGGUCCGCUGGUGUGUGAAACGUCAGGCCGUUUCUUUCUGUUUGGGGUGGUGAGUUGGGGCGAUGGUUGUGCCAGUGUAAACAAACCAGGUGUUUACACGCAGGUUACCAACUACAACAGAUGGAUUGCAGAAAAGACGGGGCUCACACAAUACACAAAAGGACUCAUGUAUCCUCAAAAGUGAAACAGUGUGAUGUUUUUUCUGCGUUGCAAAAAGGAAAGGAAAGGUUGGCAGCCUUUUAGUAAGCGUUCAAUUGUUUUCUGAUGUUUCUGAGUUGAACAAACUUUGAUUCAGUCUAAAGUUAACAUUGAUGGCCAUUGAUCAAAUUUACCUUGGUUGAAAUAGGAUUCUUACUUGUACAUACUAACUCAGGGAAACAGUUAAAAUAAGCAUAUUUGUCUGUCAGUAAAUCAUACCAUCAAACGUAAAGCUCUGGUUGCUUUUUGUGAGCAGCUGAAUGACUGUUUUUAUUUAAAUGGUUGAUUGUAAAAAAAAUCAGUAUUGACUGAAUUUUUCUAAAUAUCUGUUUUCGUAAAAAGUUUAACAAUGCAAUUUUUGCCACACAGGAAACACAUUUUUCAUAAGAACAAUGUGUUUUGGAGCAAUUCUAUAUUUAUGUCACUUUAUUGAGCACUUUCAUCAUCUGAAAGGCUGGUCUUGCUGUUGCUUAAUUUAAUUUUAUAAUAAAAUAAAGAUUUUUGUAUGAA